AUGACCAGAGACGCCGCCAAAGCCUUCAGCGUGACGGAGAUGGUCAAGUUCCUGCGUCUUCGCGGCGACGAAAUCCGUCCCCCGGGCGGAACUCUAAUCCUAGCCUUCCCGUGCCAGAGCGAGGGCGACCACAGAGUGUGGUGGGGACUGGGACUUGCCAUGCGCGACGCCUUCUUGUCUGCUGCUGCGGACGGCUACUUGGACAACGAUGUGGUUCUGAGGCACGGUAAUUCGAUGGGCACUCGCACGGUCGAGCAAGUCUACGAGGCGCUGGAGGAAGUCAAGGGCGUAUGGUCUAUGGAGCACUUGUCUCUCAAGGACGCCUUGCACCCCGGCUACUCCAGCUACCUCGAGGCUUGUGCCGGUGCCGGGGAGGGCCAGAAGCGAGAGGCCUACCGCAAUGGCCCAAGCAAUGGUGCAGGAGUCGGGGUGUCUGAACCAGACGAAGAAAAGGAGCUUGUCGAGAAGCUCAAGCGCAGAUCGCUUGAUUACUAUUGUGAGCGCGAGAUGGGAUCACCGUUUUGGAUUCCUUACAUUUAUAUCAAGCUGGGCCGGAAAUAA